AUGGCUCCUGAAUUAAACGAAGAUUGUCUUUCUCAUAUAUUCAACUAUCUCAGGCAAACUGCUGAUGAUAUUGCUAUAUUAUAUCCUUGUGCUCUUGUCAACAGAACUUGGUGUAAGGCGUCGAUGCCAAUAUUAUGGAGUAAUCCUUGGUUGAUCAGAAAUUAUCGUGGUUCUGAUAAUUCCGAUUUAGCAAGGCGUAGAGAAUUACUUAUUAACGCUUAUAUUUCUAAUUUACCUCAAAAUUCAAAAGAAUCUAUAACAAAAGUUCAACAAAAUAUUAAAGCAACUCAAAGAAAUUCUGCUUUUGAUUAUGCUAGUUUUUUGAAACAUUUAAAAUUAACUUCUUUUGGUUAUUCCGUUAAAUACUGGAUUGAUCGUUCAGUUAAAAAUGGUACCAUUCAUCAAGGCUCUAAGAAAAUAAUUCAUAAUCUUAUUAUUGAACAUGUUAUAAAACUUUUACUCACUAGAUCAACAAGUUUACGUAGUUUGGAUCUAAGAUACUGUGAUGGUGAAAUGAGUGAAUGUCUUGAAAUUUUGGCUAGUGUUCUUGAAAAUACUACCGAUAAUAUUGAUUGUCUUAUAUACCUCAAAGAUUUCAUGUAUAGUGGAAGUAAUCAUAUAAUGCCUAGAAUUUUCUCAUCUCUUACUUCAAAAUGUCAAAAUAUAAGGCAAUUGGGAAUUUAUGGUUAUCGACCAACUGAUAAUUUUAUUAAUUUCAUUGAUGUUCAAAAAAGUUUAAAUGAUGCUACUAUAUCUUGUGAAAGACUUAAUUCUUUUUCUGAUUGGACAACUAACGAAUUUAGUUGUGCAAUUUCAGAAAAAUCAAAAUCAAUAAUUAGAUUAUCAGUAGAAAAUAUUUGUUUCCCUCUUGAUUUUUUAGUAAACUUUGCAAAUUUAGAGGAAUUAUAUUUAAGAUCUUUUGAUCAUAUUUUUUCUAGAGAGGGUUGGGAACCAUUAGCUCGACUUCCUCUUAAAUCUUUAAAAACUUUUUACUUUCAAACUCAAUUAUGUCAACCUCUUGAAUUUUUAGAUUUAUUUGCUCAGUUUGUAGAAAAUACUGCUGGUGAACUACGACAUAUUACCUUUUUAACUGGUUUAUUAAAUUUGGUACUUCUUGAUACAAGACAAUUCAUUACUUCGAUUGCCAAAAAUUGUCCAAAUCUUGAGGUUUAUGAAGGUCCAAUGAUGGAGAAUGAUGUUGAUCAAUUAGGUGAAUUACUUCGUUCGUGUACAAAAUUAAGAACUUUACAUAUAUAUUUAAUGGGUAUAGAAGAUUAUCGACCAACGUUUGAUUUCUUAUUGACACAAUUAUCUGUUAGUUCUGCACCUGAUUUGGAAGUUUUAAAAAUUAGUGGUAAAUGUUUAGUAUACGAACAAACUGUGGAUUUCUUUUUUAAUACAAGAAGGAAUUCCGGGAAACAAAUUAGUUUUCAUUGGGAUACGUAUGUGGAAUGUGUUGGUAAUGUUAAAAAAGUUUGUAGAAAUUAUCAACAGUUGGGAAUUGUUAAAGAAUUUGGUUUCAUCGCAAAUUUAACAUAG